AUGGAACUCAAAUUCACGGCCAAGAGCUUGAACCGGCAAGCCAAGAAGUGCGACAAGGACGAGAAGGCGGAGAAACUCAAGGUGAAGAAAGCCAUCGAGAAAGGGAACAUGGACGGCGCCAGAAUCUACGCCGAGAACGCCAUCCGGAAGCGCAGCCAGCAGAUGAAUUACCUCCGCCUGGUGGCGAGGCUCGAUACUCAGGCCAAGAUGACCACCAUCAGCAAGUCCAUGUCCCGCAUCGUCAAAUCCCUCGACUCCUCCCUCGCCACCGGCAACCUCCAGAAGAUGUCCGAAACCAUGGAUCAAUUCGAGCGCCAGUUUGUCAACAUGGAAGUCCAGGCUGAGUUUAUGGAGGGCUCUAUGGCCGGGAGCACGUCGCUGUCCACGCCGGAGGGUGAAGUCAACACGUUGAUGCAACAGGUCGCCGAUGAUUAUGGUCUGGAGGUUUCCGCUGGUCUUCCUCAGCCGGCUGCUCACGCUAUUCCCACCAAAAACAGUGAGGAGAAGUCGAUGAGGAUGAUCUCUCCCGCCGUCUCGCGGAACUCAAGAAUCGUGGAUGAUUUAUUAACUGUAUUGUGA